GCUACAACAACAUUCACUUCUUCAAAUCCAUAUACUCAACUCCACUCUUCUCUCUCUCGAUCUCGAUCUCGAUCUUGUGUUGAUCGGAAUCGAAACCCUUGCCUUCUGAUCUUUCUCUCCUCCGAUCUCCAAUCUCCGAUCCCAAAAUGCCUGCUGUCUACGGUGCUCGCUUAACCACCUUCGAAGACGAUGAGAAGGAGAGUGAAUACGGUUACGUUCGCAAGGUAUCAGGACCCGUCGUGGUUGCAGAUGGCAUGAAUGGGGCUGCUAUGUAUGAACUGGUCCGUGUCGGUCAUGAUAAUCUGAUUGGUGAAAUUAUUCGUCUGGAAGGGGACUCUGCUACUAUCCAAGUUUAUGAGGAAACGGCUGGGUUAAUGGUUAACGAUCCAGUGUUGCGGACACACAAGCCUUUGUCUGUGGAGUUGGGGCCUGGAAUAUUGGGGAAUAUUUUUGAUGGAAUUCAGAGGCCUUUGAAAACUAUUGCUAAAAGGUCUGGUGAUGUCUAUAUUCCUCGUGGUGUCUCUGUUCCAGCACUUGACAAAGAUAUCCUUUGGGAAUUUCAGCCUAAGAAAAUUGGUGAAGGAGACCUAUUAACCGGUGGAGACUUAUAUGCUACUGUUUUUGAGAACAGUCUUAUGGAACACCGUGUUGCACUUCCUCCUGAUGCCAUGGGAAAGGUUACAUAUGUUGCACCAGCUGGCCAAUAUGCCUUGAAGGAUACUGUGUUGGAGCUUGAGUUUCAAGGUGUCAAAAAGAAGUUCACCAUGCUUCAGACUUGGCCUGUGCGUACCCCAAGGCCUGUUGCAUCAAAGCUUGCCGCCGAUACUCCUCUUCUUACUGGUCAGCGUGUUCUUGAUGCCCUUUUUCCCUCAGUUCUUGGGGGUACUUGUGCCAUACCUGGAGCUUUUGGUUGUGGUAAAACAGUCAUUAGUCAGGCUCUUUCUAAGUACUCCAAUUCUGACACUGUUGUUUACGUUGGUUGUGGGGAACGUGGAAAUGAAAUGGCUGAGGUUCUGAUGGACUUUCCUCAACUUACAAUGACAUUACCUGAUGGUCGUGAAGAAUCUGUCAUGAAGCGUACAACUUUAGUGGCUAACACUUCAAACAUGCCCGUGGCUGCUCGUGAAGCUUCAAUUUAUACAGGAAUCACUUUAGCUGAGUAUUUUAGAGAUAUGGGUUACAAUGUCAGCAUGAUGGCAGAUUCAACGUCUAGAUGGGCAGAGGCAUUGCGUGAAAUUUCUGGACGGCUGGCUGAAAUGCCUGCAGAUAGUGGAUAUCCUGCCUACCUUGCUGCGCGUUUGGCCUCUUUCUAUGAACGUGCUGGGAAAGUAAAAUGUCUCGGAGGUCCUGAACGUACUGGUAGUGUAACAAUUGUUGGUGCUGUUUCUCCACCUGGUGGAGAUUUCUCAGAUCCUGUGACAUCUGCAACCCUCAGCAUCGUUCAGGUUUUCUGGGGCUUGGACAAAAAACUUGCUCAGAGGAAGCACUUUCCUUCUGUGAACUGGCUUAUUUCUUAUUCAAAGUACUCAACGGCACUCGAAUCCUUCUAUGAUCAAUUUGAUUCGGACUUUAUAAAUAUUAGGACAAAGGCUCGUGAAGUUCUGCAAAGAGAAGAUGACCUGAAUGAAAUUGUCCAGCUUGUGGGCAAGGAUGCUUUAGCUGAAGGAGAUAAGAUCACCUUAGAAACUGCAAAGCUUUUGAGAGAGGACUAUCUUGCUCAAAAUGCAUUUACACCAUAUGACAAAUUCUGCCCCUUCUACAAAUCUGUUUGGAUGAUGCGCAACAUUAUCCAUUUCUACAAUCUGGCAAAUCAGGCUGUAGAGAGGGGUGCUGGUACUGAUGGUCAGAAGAUAACUUACACCGUUAUCAAGCAUCGAUUGGGAGAUCUCUUCUAUCGUUUAGUAUCUCAGAAAUUUGAGGACCCAGCAGAAGGUGAAUCUGCAUUGGUUGCCAAAUUUCAGCAGUUACAUGAUGACCUGACAAAUGGUUUCCGCAACCUCGAGGAUGAAGCCCGAUAAUUGAAGACUGCAAGUUAGCUGGAGAGUAUUGUGUUAUUCCCAUUGUAAGAGGAGAUCUAGUAUCCCAUAGUGGCAACGUCUCGAGUGUUCUCUCAUCUGGCUGUUUGAUUCGUUCAUAGCGCAUUUCUUUCCUUUUCUUGGUGCUGGUUUGUCUUUCGAUUAGUUGCUUGUGUAGUAGCUAUAAUUAUGUGUCAAUCAUCCCCAUUAUUUUUUGUUGAGAAUAAGAGGCGAAAUAUGAUCUUUCAAUGUGUAUUAUGCGAAUAAUUUAUUUUAGAACGUUUUAGUGCCUAGGGCAUGUGAGGAAUCGGACUAUGAUCUUUCAAUAUGUAUUAUGGACUCGACCUUGUAUCAGUGGUUGUUUGGAAGAUCUUACAUGUCAAGUUUUAGCAGACAAUAAAAUUUAGUAGCCGGUAUUAUUUGAA